AAAUAACCAGCCGUGCCUGUGCAGAAACUCUUGUCAUUUUCCAUUUCGCAGUUAAACCUUCUGCAAAAGUGUGUUGUGUUUUUCCCCCACCAACAGUCGCCAUGGUUAUCCUCAUCAAAGACUUGGAAGAGUUUGAUGGUUACCUGAAAAGCAGUGGAGACAAGCUCAUUGUGGUGGACUUCACAGCCACAUGGUGUGGACCCUGUAAAAUGAUUGGACCAGUUUUUGAUUCAGCGUCAGAAAACCCGGCAUACGCCGAUGUUAUAUUCCUUAAAGUCGACGUGGAUACGUGUGAGGAUGUGAGCACGAAAUGCAAAAUCAGCUGUAUGCCCACAUUCAUCUUUUUCAGAAAUGGAGUCCAAAUAGAUAGCUUCUCUGGGGCCAACUCCACGAAACUGAUGGAAAAGCUCGAUGCUCACGCAAAACGACAAUGACAACACUCUUUAUUCCACCGAGCAUCAUCCUGUUAAUUCAGUGCAUGUCUUGAGUAAACAAUUGACAAGAAAGUCUGUUCAAUGAAACGUUGGCUUGACUUGCUCAGAAACCUUCUGUAUGUAGUCUCCAACAAGGUGGAUUUAUUAAAUGGUGUAUUGGGACCCGUCA